AUGACGCUCGAUUUCCAAAAGAACAAGAAGAUCCUGGAGGAGGAGGAGGAUCGCGAGCGCCGCAUGGACUUUGUGUCCGAGGAGUCCGUCAUAAGAGUCGACCGCAUCGAGGUCGACCAGGCGACUAUAGACCUGCUCGAGUCUCUCGAGAUGAAGGACCUGCCCGACAUCCUCCUAAAGGAUGACAAGGGGCCGAUCGUCGUCGCGCUGCCGAUGGGGUACGAUCGCGGUGGAGGCGGCGGAAGGCGUUACUUAGAGAGAUGA